ACAUGCUGCGAGGGUUUGAAGUUGGCAGCUUCAUGUCACACGCGCGCGCACAGACACAGUGAAUGGCACACGGGCGCACGAGUGACACCGAGGCGACCAGCGCGAGGGGGACACUUCCAGAGCGGAUCCACGGCACCGGGGCGAAGUCCACGCGGGGGGGAGAACAAGAAGAAGGAGAAGGAGGAAGAGGAGGAGGAGGAGGAGAAAAAGAAGAAAAAGGAGGAGGAGGAGGAGAAGCGCGCGUGGAAAGGAUGAAGAAGAAAGCCGUGGGAGGCUUCAGCACCCCGCCACCGAGACCCCGGCGCUAGGGGACGAGUCCCGGGGAGAGUCCGGGCCCAGUUGAGUCAAAGUUCCGCGGCCCGUGUACAAUGGUUAUAAAUGGGUCUCACCUGAACAGCUCCACGACAGACGCCGGCGACGCCGUCCUGAACCGCCCCCCGUGGGUGACCACCACUUUGGGGUGCUUUCUCAUCUUCACCAUCGUGGUCGACAUCCUGGGCAACCUCCUGGUCAUCUUCUCCGUGUACCGCAACAAGAAGCUCCGGAACGCAGGGAACAUCUUCGUGGUGAGCCUGGCAGUGGCCGAUCUGGUGGUGGCCAUCUACCCGUACCCUCUGGUCCUCACCUCCAUCUUUCACAAUGGCUGGAACCUGGGUUACGUCCACUGCCAGAUCAGCGGAUUCCUCAUGGGCGUCAGCGUCAUCGGCUCCAUCUUCAACAUCACCGGCAUUGCCAUCAACCGAUACUGUUACAUCUGCCACAGCCUCAAGUACGAUAAACUGUACAGUGACAAAAACUCUGUCUGCUAUGUGAUGCUGAUAUGGGCGCUGACGGUGGUGGCCAUCGUGCCCAACCUGUUUGUGGGUUCCCUCCAGUACGACCCGCGGGUUUACUCCUGCACCUUCGAGCAGUCCGCCAGCUCGGCGUACACCAUCGCGGUGGUUUUCUUUCACUUCAUUUUACCCAUCAUGAUUGUCACAUACUGCUACCUGCGCAUUUGGAUACUGGUCAUACAGGUGCGAAGGCGGGUCAAGCCAGACAACCGGCCCAAGCUGACGCCGCACGACGUGAGAAACUUUGUCACCAUGUUCGUGGUGUUUGUGCUUUUCGCCGUCUGCUGGGCUCCGCUCAACUUCAUCGGCCUGGCCGUGGCGAUCAAACCGGAGGUGGUGGUUCCCCUCAUCCCCGAGUGGUUAUUCGUGGCCAGCUACUUCAUGGCCUACUUCAACAGCUGCCUUAACGCCAUCGUGUACGGCGUGCUGAACCAGAACUUCCGGCGCGAGUACAAACGCAUUGUAGUGUCGGUGUGCACGGCGCGCAUCUUCUUCCAGGAGAGCUCCAACGACGCUGCCGGGGAGAGGCUCAAGAGCAAGCCGUCGCCGCUCAUGACCAACAACAACCAGGUGAAGGUGGACUCUGUGUGAUCCAGAACGCCGAGAACGACGAAGCGAACGUGAGAAGAUAUGCGUGAGGACUGAGCGUUAAAAAAAAAAAAAUUUAAAAAAAAGAGAAAAAGGUGAGGAAAAAAUACCAAAUAUGAAUAAAAAGCAGCUUCUAUCCUCCGAGCGUAGUCAUAUGGUGCUAUAUGACCUCUGAACAAUCAGUAAACACAUGGGUGCAUAUUAUCUUUGUCUUUUAUCAAGCACUCCUGUGUGACUCUGCAGUACCUGUAGUACAGUAAAUAUAUGAUGUCCGUUUUGUUUUCAUGUUUACAGUGAUGAUAUAAAUGUAUCAUGCAUUAUUAUGAGUAUUUAUUUUGUAUGAAAUGUCAUGUAGAUAUAUGGUAAGAUAUAUCGGCAUCCAAUUAAAUGAAAACAACAUUUUAUCAGGCUAAGAAAAAAAAGAAAAAAGUAUCUACAAAGGUCGGUUGAAUAUAUCACCAGAAGUUUAUAAAUUUAAUCAAUUUUGACCUCAUUUGUGACACUGUAACACUAAUUGAGUGCAAGCAAUGUGGGUUGAUGCUGUCUUAUUAUACCCCGCAGUACAUUAAGUGGAAUAUAUAUUUGAGUCUCUCUCUAUCUCUCUCUCUCUCUCGCUCUCUCUGCCACCUUGUGAGCUCAUUAUACUGUAUGCAUGGAUAUGCAGGAAUCGUUCUAAUGAAAAAUAAAUCUGAUAUUGAUGGACGA